AUGGAGUCUCUUCUUCAUUCUGCCGCUGGAGCAUUAGGUCGAUGGGUUCAAUCCUUGAACCCAUCGCUUUUGAAACACAACCCGCCAUUUGAAGAGGUUACUGGCAGCGACAUAUGCUUCUUGGGACCAAAUGGAGAAACCGACGAAAGCCUUGUUAUUUUCUGCAGAGACUUUACGAUGCGGUCGCUUGUCGGAAGUUGGUAUCUCUCUCCAACUAGACACGCGUUGGAAAUGCUCAUACUAUCACCAAUUUUUUUAAUGGUAAUUUGGAAAAUUCUUCCAUCGCUCUUGCAGUUGGAAGGCAAAAGAUCAGGAACCAAAGCUGGUCACCCGCUUGGGAUUCCAACGCUGGCAGCUUCAUGUAUGGCUGCGCACCUCUUCUACAAGACUCUGGGCAAGAAAAUUCUUUUUCUUUGUGUGCCAUGUAAUGUGCAAUGGCAACUGACUGUAUUGAUUUGUUUUGGAAGUUGGUCUGGCCCUGUUCAAGGGGUUCUUUACCAGCUCUUGCUAUCCUAUUGUGGAUAUACCCUGCCAGCAUUGGCUACUCCAGAUGUUUCCGACUGUCUUUUUCCGUUUGAACCGUUCUUUUUUUGGUUCAAUCAUAUCGCUCUAUUGGUAAUUCCAAUUGCAUAUCUUGCCACUGGAAGAGUCUCGCUACUUUCGCCUUCCCGAACUUGUUCUACCCUUUGGUUUAACGUCCAGUGGUGGUUGGUCACCUGUGCUGGAUUCGGGUUGUUCUACUUUCUUCCAGUCUCUCUGGUUUCAAUCGCUUCAGGAUACAACUUGAACUACAUGCUGAGCCCUCCUCCAGGCCAGGAUUUGAUUGUCGGCGACUCGUAUCGCUUGAUGUCGAUCGGCUGUUGUGCAUUGCUCAUCUUUCUGACCAGGGGGUCAAUCGUCAUGGUCGAAUCACUCACGAAAGCUGCCAAAAAGCAAGCCGAAAAGAAGGCUGAGUAA